AUGGCGUCCACCUUGGAGCUUCAGCAGAAGCUAUACAAGCGUAUGGGACUAGAUGUUCCAGAGCCUAAACCUCAAAGAAACGGACGACCAAAAUCUAGCCAUCAGCUUUCUCGAAAAGAGCAGCGAAAGGCACAGCGAGUGCAGAAGAAAUCUCAUGUAUACACAAGACCAACCCAGCAGCGACCACAACCAACACAUCAUACUCAAAAAAAGCCUAGUGCUCCACAAAGAAAGCCGCAGAAUAACAAACCCCAGCCAAAGCCUAAACAAGUCAGCGAGGAUGAAGACGAAGACGAAGAAGACGAAGACCUUGGAGAUAUGUCGCUAGAUGAGGACGAAGAAGAGGACGAGGAUCUAGAUGAUUCUAUGGACGAAGAUGAGGAAGACGAAGACGACGAGAGUGAAACGGAAACUAAGUCUCAAAGCAAGAACGCCAAGAAGGGCGUUUCAAAAGCCGUGCAAGAAAGACUUAAUCAAGACGAUGCUGAAAUUGAAGCUUUCGAACGGAAGCUGGGUAUCAAGAAGGGGCGGAAAUCAUUGCCUCAAUCUUUCAAGGAGGAUGGCCUGGGCGAUCUCUUAGGCGACCUCAGCGGCGAAGAAGAUUUGAGCGAAAACGACAAGGACAACAAAAAGAGGAAGAGCGAAUACGACGAAUGGCUAGCAUCGAAGCGAAGAAAGACUGCAGAACCUCCAAGCCGAGCCAAGGGUCUUAAGGGCGAUAACCUGGAUAUGGACGAAGACUUCGGCGAUGAAGACGACGACCUGGACUUGAUGGAUGAGGACGACGAUGAUGGUGGCGACUUUGACGACGACGACUCAUUUGGUGGUUUCGACAAUGACGAUGCUGGAGAUGACAGACCAGCCGAACCACGACAAAGAGAGAACCCAUAUGUGGCUCCUACUAGCGGCGUCGCUGUUGCAAAAUAUGUGCCGCCCUCACUACGAAAAGCUGCAGGCUCAGAUGAUGAACGCAAAAGUCGACUACGAAAACAGGUGCAGGGUUUAAUCAAUCGUCUUACAGAUGCGAACAUCCUGUCCAUUGUCAAGUCUGUCGAGGAAUUGUACCAGAACAACGCCCGUGGUGAUGUUUCAGAUAUCAUUACGGACGCGAUCAUGGCACAGAUUUCCAAGCCAGAAACCCUUCCCGACCAAUUCUUCGUACUCACUGGUGGUUUUGCGGCUGCCACCUAUCGACUAGUUGGAUCAAGUUUCGGCACAGUCUUGCUUCGCCGUAUCGUGGAAGAUUUCAAGGGUCAUUAUGAACAGGCCAGUAAGGAGCUCAGUGCCGAGUCAGCAAUCCAAAAGGAAGCUUCGAACAUCCUGACGCUUCUAACCCAGCUUUACGUGUUUGAAGUCGUCACUUGCAAGAUUAUCUUUGACUACAUGGAGAAGCUUCUUAGCGAUCUGAACGAGAUAAACGUGGAACUUCUUCUGCGAAUUUGCCGUAUGGCUGGUCGAAUACUGAAACAAGACGACGAGCGAACAUUGAAGCACGUUGCUGGUGUUCUCAAUCAGUCUGUCGCAAAGACCGGUUUCAAUAACAUCUCUGCUCGUACAAAGUUCAUCGUUGAGACCAUCACGGAUCUUACAAAGGGCAAGCGCAAAGCCAAGGGCCUGGACUCCACAGUCGUCUCAGAGCAUGUGCAGCGUAUGAAGAAGCGACUUGUUGAACUCAAGUCUCAGGCACGCAGGUUGAAUGGUCUUUCUCCUUUGGCUGUGGGCUUGGUAGAUAUUGAGGAAGCCGAAACACGAGGCCAAUGGUGGUUGACAAGUGCCAGUGUACCGAGUACACUGAUGGACAAGAGCAAAAAGGGACGCACAUCCGAUACCGAGAUGAGUGAUCAUGAGGAUAUGGAUAUCGUGUUGCCUGACUACCCCAAGAAGGCACGUGCCCAAGGUCUGAACGGAACGGCACAGAUUGCCAUCUUCACAGCUCUGAUGACUGCAUCAAAUUUUGAGCAUGCCUACAGGCAAUUUGUCAAUCUAAAGCUCAAGAAGGAUGAUCAAUUAGCCCUCGCCACUGUGUUGGUCCAGUGCGCGGGCAGCGAGAUGCAGUACAACCCCUACUACGCUCUCGUAGGUGGGAAGGCCUGCAUGCUCAAUAGCAGAAUCCGAUUCGCCAUUCAGGAUCGCUUGUGGAAGAUCUUCAGGAGUCUUGGAGAGUCCAUGUUUGGAGAGGCCCCUGAGGAAGAUGAAACAGCUGAUGCUGAGCGUAUGAAAGAUGAGAGGCGCAUAACUAACGUGGCCAAAUUCUACGCGGACCUUGUUGCUGAUGGAACAUUGAACAUCGCCAUCCUCAAGCCCCUGGAACUUCCGGAGACAAACCACUGGGCAUCGAUGUUUGUGCAACUAUUCAUCAUCGCUCUCAUGAAGGAAUGCCGCAGCAAGAAGAAGGCACCCGAGGAAGACAUCAAGCUGGAGAAGAUCUUUGGUGCAGCCCGAGAUCUACCAGGCCUAGCUGCCGGAAUCCACUGGAUGUUGCGAAAGAAGAUUCGGAAGACGAAGUUGAUUAGUGCUAAAGAGUUGAAGAAGCUCGAAGGCGUUAUCGAAAAGGUGCAGAUUAUCGUGCGGCCUGCAGCAAUAGAGAUCUAG